AAAUAAAGUUAUGAAGUAUGAGAGGAGAAGUGGCAACAGUGUGAGUGUUAUGGUGGCUCAGGCAAGAUGGACUCUAACACACCCAAAAAUGCAUUUAAUUCCUUCGUGGACGCUCUUGUUAAUCUAGUGGAUGCUCCUACAACAUGGUUCAGAGAAACGAUAGUAGCAAAAAAUCGCCCUGAGUACUACUGGUAUCACCGCCAGUUUCGCAGAGUCCCUACAAUAGAUGAAUGCUAUACUGAUGACUAUGUCUGUUAUAUUGAAGCAAAUGAGCAGUUCAAACGUGACAAAAUGGUCGAUAAUGAGGUGCUAAAUAUCUUGCGUCAACGCCAGGAGGACUGUGUGUUAUUUGAGGGGCAUGACCACGUGCGCAAGUGUGCUAAACUCAGGGAAGAGUAUGAAAAAGCUGCUGAGAAUUGGUUCAUCAAAUAUGGUGACCUUGGUGCCUAUGGCAAUGUGAGAGAUGCCUACAUGAAGCAGAAACAUCGCAUGAUAUGGGAGCGUCGCCAUGGACCAGUUGGUUCAGGCAUGAAGGACCAAUUGGAUUAAGAUUUAGCUUGUAGGUUCCAGCACUUAGUGCUAAGAAUUUUUGUAGAGUUAAAUAACAAUACUAAAAAUUAAUUCUUAUUAGUUGAAGGUGUUACUACUGAGUACAAAACUACGUACUCAGUCAGUGUUUGAACUUUUAAACAGUGUUAAGAAUAAAAUUUUGAGUAUUGCUAGACUUGGUUGUGUGAUGCCAUCACAUAUUGUAAAUAAUAUGUUUAAGAUUUUA